AUGCCCAAGUACGCCCUUACCACGAUCAAGAGAACCAUCGACAAGCAGACAGUUGGCUGUCACUCCGUCUACAGCGGCUCAAUCCGGACGGUUCUCGGAAACAACCAAGACCCAGGUGAAAGCCAUAUAUGGCAAUGCCAAGAGAUGCUGGGUUUGUGGGGGGAACAUGGCCGACUGUGCGCAUGUUUUGCCAAAGAAGACGACCAGACGGACCGCUGGGAUAAGGCCCGCCUUAUCCCAGCUGGGGCUAAUUUCAAGUCAAAGGAGAAUGCCAUAUUCCUCUGCAAGUCUUGUCACUGCCAGUUCGAUAAUACAUACAGCCCAGGAAUUGUUUUCUUCCCUGCCGACCUUGAGUUCUUCAUUGAACAGGAGAAGGCUGAUCAAGCAUGCCGGAAGGAAGCGGCCCGGAAUGGCGCGUAUGUCCGCCGAAGUCCACCCACAGGUGCUGCAUACAAGGCUCACCAGGUCGGACAAGGCCGAGCGGACCCAAGCUCAAUUGGCGGUUUAUAUCGUAUUGCCAUUAUGGACACGUUUCAUGUCUCCGACCUUCCAAAAUCCGUGCGCCGCGAUGUCCUUGAAUGCCGUUCCCAGUUAAAGCCAUGGCACGGGGAGCCAAUAUAUACAAUCCGCCGCGCAUUCAUCAUCCUGGGGACACUUCAAGUCAAAUUACUCGACCCGGAGAUCAAGAGACAGCUCCGAGAGUUACAGGACCUCUAUACAAGCGACGAUUUAGAAGACGAUGAUGAUGAUUCUCUCCUGCGAAGCGUUAAUCGCCUUGAUAGGGGCACCAAACGCCCACAUCCAGGGCCCGAGGAUGAGAAUAAUACCGGCGGUAGUAUCCAUGGAAACCUGGAGAAUGACGGUGUGUGCCCUGAUGAUGCGCGGACAAGUCCAAACGAUGGAUCUGGUUGCUUGGGUGAAUCGGACAAAAGACUCAAGCGCGGCUGUCGCUCCGUGGACGAGACAGCUUUGACCGGUCGUGACCACCUGCUUCUCGCCCCGCAUCGUACGUUAGCUCGGAGAUGGCGAUUGGGACCUGAUUUGACAACGGAGGAUGCAAUUCGCAUCCGCUCACACAUUUCCUUUUUGACUGCAUGA